CCCCAGCUCUGAGCGAGCUCCCGGCCCGACCCCGAGCUCGCGCGGAGGUGGGAGGGCUGUGACGUCACAACCAGGCUUCUUGGCCCGGGACAAGGACCCUGAUUGUGAUUGGAUAAUGCGGAUGAAGGCGGUGAUGGGGAAGAAGGGCGGGAACAAAUCCCAGAGACAAAGAAAGAAGGCCUUUGGUGUGUGCGGGACCUGCAGCCCCGGGUCGGGGGGCUCUGGGGUGUACAGCUGGGAAUGCAGUCCAUCGCGCUCCGGGUCAACCUGCUUGAACCUCCACAAACCUUGUGAGGACUGGCCCCGCAGCAUCCUAAAGACCAGCACCACCAUCCUGAUGCAGAAAUCCCUCGGCGCUGAGAAGAAAAAGGCCCAGCGGUGGGAUGAAAUGAACAUCCUGGCCACCUACCACCCCGCUGACAAGAAUUACGGGUUUAUGAAGGUGGACGAGCCCAGCACCCCCUACCACAGGCUGCAGGACAGCGAUGAGGACAUGCCUGGGGCGGUCUCUCACACAGUGACUCCCCAGGCGCUGGCCGAAAGGUUUGCAACAAUGGACAAUUUCUACCCCAAGGUCCUGCGGUACCAUAAUAACAGAAGCUCAGAGUCUUCAGACGUCUUUUCCAAGACACACUCCAGUGAUUUUGACAAGCACCGAAAGUCACACUACGAUGAGGGAAAGUUCCUCAUGGCUCAGAAAAGCCUUCCCUUCAGUAAGAACAAGCCCUGCCAUGGGGCUCACUCCAGUCUGGGCAGCGGCGGUCAGGUCAUGGAGCCCAGGCCUGUGGAGAGAGGCCGGAUGGGAGGACUGACCGGAGAAGUCCAAGAUGAGAUUGGUCUGGUGACCAGGAACCAUGUCCCAGAAGUCAAGGGGGGGGCUCUUAUGGACACCUGUGGAUCCCUGGAUGCCCCAGGCAGCCAGAAGACUCAGCGUGAUUGGGAUGACUCCUCAGAUCCCCCUACCUUCAGAAACCUGCCCCUGCCUUCAGCCACCGUCGUGUGGGACCAGGACAUUGAUCGGCAGCGCAAGGAGUAUUAUAGCAAGGGAAGGUAUCUCAGAUGCUCUCCCCACCCAGAGCUUGAGGAGGACACAGAAGACGAGCCCGAGCAGCGGGACAGUGAGAGCUGGGCGGGGUCAGCCCGGGGCAGGGGGUGCCGACAACCAACAGACUUGAGGGGUGCCCCAACCUUGACCCCCUGAUCCUGCCAGGCUCUGCACGUUUUAACUGGGUGAUUGAGAGUCCCACAGGCACUGAGGUCCGUCUACUGGAGCACACAGGAAGCCCCGUUCAGGAUCCCCAGGC